UUACGGAAUUCGCAUUUUUUGGUUACACGUUUACGUAGUUUUUUUUUUCUUGGUUGAUGAUGAUUUUUGAAUAAAUUGAAAUCAUAAUUCGCUAGAUUUUGUGAUUUUAGUGGAUUGCAAACCCACUUUGGUGUGUUUGCGUGGUGUGGUGAAUUUUUUUUUAAUUUUUUUUGGGCUUUUACAUUGAAUUAAUUUUUAUUCAAAAUAAAUAAUGCAUCAUUCCUGACGAGCAUUCUGCAUUUUUAUGUGAAUUUUUUUGAUAUAUAUCCUAUUGUCGAAUUGCAUAUACUACAUCACCUGGGUACAACUCUGGUGGAAUAAAAAAAAGUAAUUAUUCAAAGUGACACUUUUAAUUUCGAGGUGAAAUUAAAAUUCUACCUGUCAAAGUAAAUAAUAAAAUACAAAUAGUUGCUCCAUUUGUUUGUUUUAUUUGUUUUCUCUGUUUCUGUAUCAUUUUUUUUAUUUCUUGUUUUGUGUCUAUUGUAUUUGAAUUAAAUGUGGAUUACGUAUGGAAUGCGUAAUUAAACCGUUUUAAAAUAAAACAAAAGUGGCGCCCAACAGAAGGCUAUUAACUGUCAAAAUACAACUUUCUCUAUCUCGAUAGAUAGAAUUUGGGACAAGGAUUUAAAAAGGAUUAUUUCUUACAAUUGAGAAGGAGACCAUUUUCAUUAUUAUUCAGAAGCAACAAAGAGGAAAAAGGAAACAGGAGAUAAAAGAGACUUUCAAUCAAAAUUUGCACAAACGUCAAAAUGUACCGAAUCACAACGAGCACUCUAGUGCUGGCCAUCAUAUUCAUCAGCACAACAGUAUUUGCCGGGACAUGUGGUCCCAAAUUUCCCACCGAAUGCAUAUGUGGGAAUGAGAACUACGAAAGUAUGAUACGCUACGUCGUAAACUGCACAAAUGCCGGCCUUCAAAAUACCAGCGUAUUGGAAUUUAUGCCCCCUGAAGUGGAAAUUCUUAUUUUCACCGGCAAUAACAUACCACAGCUGCCAUGGAAUGUUUUUGGUACAAUCAAUGAUUAUACGUCUUUGACAAUUGUUGACAUGAGUAACAAUCAUAUUCGCGAAAUUCGAGGGAAAACUUAUCAUCAUGUUCAAAAUGUCAAACGUCUCAUAUUGAAUCACAACAAUUUGAGUAUAUCACGAGAUGACGAUGAAGUUAACCAUCAUCAUCCGAGAGUAUUUUCGAAUUUUAUGAAUUUAGAGGCAUUACAUUUGACAGAUGCCUUCGAUGACAAUACGUCACCCCAUCUAAGUGAAGAUUUGCAUGAUAUAUUUGUCAAUAGUAAUUUGGCGAAACUUCAAAAACUCCAUUUGGAACAAAAUGAAAUAUCACACUUUAAAGAUCGUAAGGUUUUCUGUGAUUUGCCGAGUUUACGUGAUCUUCAUCUUGGAGACAACAAUUUGAAAGAAGUCAACUUUGACAUCAAAUGCCUUAAAAAUCUUCGAUUUCUCGAUUUAGAACGCAACAAAUUCGAAUAUGUCAAAGCUAAAGAUUUGAUUUUAAUGGACGAACUAGAAGAAAGACCCGAUCGUACAGCCAAUCUGAUUGUUGACUUCAAUUUGAAUCCGUUUGUUUGUGAUUGUAAAAUCAGUGUUUUACACGAUUGGAUACAACAGACAGCUGUGACAGUUCGAAAUGAAGAAAAUCUCAUGUGCUUCCGCAAUCACACAAAACCGGAACCAAUUAUGAAAAUGCAAUAUGGCAAGUGUGCAAGUUCGAAAUUGAGAGCUUCAAUGACAGGCCAUACAAUGACACUUAUCUUUUUGCUAAUUGUAUUGAGUAUGAUUUUAAUUGCACUUGUUGCGGCAUUGAUAUAUGUUAGUAGAGAUAGAAUAAAAUAUAUGAUUACACCAGUGUUUGAUACAGUUUCGAAAAAAGUGCAUUAUACAUCGAUCAAAGAUGAAGAUUGUCCGGAGGUUCAUGUCUGAGAAUUUAUCCUAUACACACAUUUAUAUUUAUUUUAAACUAUACAUUUAAUUGAAAAAAAAAAUGUAAAA